ACCCAAAACUUUUUCUCAAAAGUGAAGUUUUCACCUAAAAAUUCGCUGCAGGUUCUUGGCUUUUGUGCAUGAAAAUUUGCAAAUUUGUGUAGCAAAAACAUCUUUACGCCGUCUUUGAGUUCACCUCGAGGCAGGUCCAAUGGCCGAUGACGAGGCCUCCUGGGGUGGUGGCGAUAGCGUGAGACACCCCCAGGCUUAUGGUUUCCUGGAAGAUGAUACGAUCAGGCAUCCUCCGGCCUAUGGGUACAUGGGGACGCAUCAGAUGCAUUCGGUGCAUCCUGUGAUGCCCAAUGCACCACAAAAUGCUGCUGCCCAUGUGGCGCCUGAGGACAAUUUCACGGUUCUGUCCAUGGGACACGGGAGCUACUUGCGCCUGUACCACAACAACAAGGAUGAGGCUGCCAAGUACAACAACUACGAACUGUUUUCCGGAUCCACCCUCCAUCCCACUGCGCCUAAUCCCGCUUUUCAGGCGGCACCAGGGAUGUCAAGGAGUGUUGAUGGGACUCCUAAGGAAGCCACCUACUCCACCAAUAUGUUCCUGAAUCAGUUAGUUGGAAAUUGGGCGCCCAAUGUUUCUGGCACUUAUACGCCCUUUGGUGAAGUUGUGGAUCAGGCUGAAGAUCCCUCCGUUGUGACGCAGCGCUUGAGUGUUGGCCAGACACGUGGAGGAGCUGAGAUGGUGGUCAGUGGGCCGGAAACGGUGGCGAAACCGUUUGAGAUCAAUCGACCGGCACCACUGACGGAGAAUGGCCAGAGUGUUCAUUCGCGUGAUGCGAAGAAGCCUCGCAUGGUGGCUGAAGUGAAACCCAUGCGAAUGACUUACUCGGACGUCUUGAGCAAGAAUGUCGCCAUCACUGCCACGUCCAGUGCCACUUCCACAAACUCAUCAGUUCAGACGGCCUCGAAGGCGGCGGCGGCUGUUGGGGACAAGGGCAAGGGACUGGACAAAAAGCCCAAUCAUGGGCAAGAAGAAAAGCCCACCAAGGCUAAGAAAAAUGCUAACUCCACCCCACCGCCCGUUAGAGCCGAAGAUCGUGCCCAGGUGGCUCCACAGGCUGCUUCUGUCAAGGAUACAGCCUCGCAGAGCGCCUCAGAUGACAGUCACUCCAAGGAGCCCAAGAAGGAAUCCAAGAUGGCAAAGAAGAAGAGCUCCAAGGCUGGCCAGAAAAAUAGCAAACCCAACGGAAAUCGAAAACAGAAAAAUUCCAAGUACAACCAUUUGUCAGACAACAAUGAGGACGAGAUGGAUGAUGAUGCUGCUGACGAGACGGAUCAGAUGGGCUUCUUCUACAACGUGGCUAAAACGAAUAGCAUCAAUGAUGCCAGCUACUCGGAGAAGGUCAACAAAACGGUACUGAUGAGCACGAAAUCACGCUCCAGGAAUUCAGGAUCGGCCAGUAGAAUGUCAUCGAAUAGGAAUCGCGGCGAGAGCAAUGCUAUUUACACGUCCAGGCGCAGUGCCAGGCAGAAGAAGAAUGACAAGUAUGCCUUUGUGCUGCGAAUGCUGGGACUGUGGUUGGAUUAUCUGCUGAAGGCUCUGCUGUGGCUGGUGUCACUGAUCACGGACAUUGUUUGGCUGAGUUAUGGGAUUGUGUGGGACAAAAUGUGCUCCAGCUAUGCUUUUGUGCGCCAACACUACAAAACCGUGUGCAAAGAAGUGAAGAGUAGUGCAAAUCUCCACAGACGCUUCCUCACCUAUGUGGACAGGAAGUUCGUGAAGAACUCCAGAUGGGCAUUUUGGAGGCGUCUGUUCCGGCGUCAGCCGCCCCUUGAGGCGUCCGGACUGGGACCGGGCGGAGCGGCUGGGCAGGAAUUCUACAAAAACGGAAGACUUCCACAGACUGGCGAAGAGGCAAUGUACUCAUUGCUGAAUUGCAAAGGGAAGGAUGCCUACAGUAUCCUGGGAGUCAGUCAGGAUUGUUCGCAGGAGCAAAUCAGGAAGCACUACAAGAAGAUUGCCGUACUGGUGCAUCCGGACAAAAAUAAACAACCAGGAGCUGAGGAGGCCUUUAAAGUUCUUCAGAGGGCAUUUGAACUUAUUGGCGAACCGGAGAACAGACAAGCUUACGAGCGAAAUCUGGCCGAAGCAUUGAAUGCUGAGAAAGCCUGGACGGAGUUAAAUGAUCUUCUGACUCAGCUUCAUGCGAAAAUUGCUGAAGCUGCCAAUACAAUUCGCUGCAGCAGUUGUGGCUUGAGGCAUCCACGGAAACCGACCGGACGUCCUCACUAUGCGGCCAGAGAGUGCAACUCAUGCAAAAUUCGUCACUCAGCCAGAGAGGGAGACAUUUGGGCUGAGACGAGCUUCAUGGGGAUCUGUUGGAAGUACUUGGCACUGAUGGAGGGGAAUGUGUACGAUAUCACAGAAUGGGCCAACUGCCAGAAGGGUGCACUGUCGCAUCUGCAGCCCAAUUCACAUUCUGUCCAAUAUAGGAUUGUCCUGGGGAAUCAGCAGCAGCAGCAGCAGCAACAGCAACAGACGGGAAAUGGUGGAGUGGACAAGAAGGAGGCCAAGAAAGAAUCACAAUUCAGUCGUCCGAGCCUAGAUGAUUUCCUGACAAAUCUCUAUGGUGGACCAAAUCAACAAUCUCAAUUCUCGUCGAAGCGCCGGACAAAGAAGAAUUAAGAAUGUGCUCUGCAUUUUUUCCGAUUUUAUUUUUCCUAAUCGUUUUCGCUUCUUCUGGACACCGUGGUCGUGAGUCCACACGAAAACAAAUGAAAUAGUAGAUUAAUCGCCCGAGAGAUCAUUUUGACUUUUAGCAAACCGAUACUAACGCAAAAAAAUCAACUUUUGAGUUAUUCACUCUAUUAAAGAAAAUUGAAUAACGCA